CGCUGAGCUGACUGACAGCCAGCAAAAAAUUUUCAUCAUUCUGCAGUUUUUAUUCGCGAGUUUCGGUCGUGCUGUGGUGAAAAAGUGCUGCUUCUGUUUGUGCAAUCAGAAAACAAUCAUUAUUUUGCUGGACCCUUUAAAAAUUAUUGUUUUUCCGCGUUAUUGUCGUAAUCCUACGGUUCGGUUCAUUAGUUUCGAUUAAUGUAUCAACAACUUUGCCGUCGCGUCUCAUGGACUUCAGUGCGUGAGGGAAACCUGUUUACAAGAAAUUCUUUGCUCAUCAGAGCAUCGGGAAGAUUUGUGCACAACAGUAGUAGUAGCAGCAAGACAAACCAAACCGGAAGUUCCCCCAACAACAUCAUGGAGACGACCCUGGCCAAUGCGCCACUGCCGAAGCUAUCGACCGGAACUGGAACGGUCGCGAUGGGAGUGGGAAAACUGACCCGCUUCGACAAUAUAACCAAGUCCCAGCAGGACAGCCGCAACUAUCGAGGGCUGCAGCUGGAGAAUGGGCUGAAAGUGCUGCUGAUUUCCGACCCAACGACGGACAAAUCGGCGGCUGCGCUCUCCGUGGCGGUUGGUCAUUUGAGUGACCCGGACGAAAUUCCAGGAUUGGCUCACUUCUGCGAGCAUAUGCUUUUCUUGGGGACGAAGAAGUACGUGAACGAAAACGAUUACAUGUCGUUUCUGUCGGAGAAUGGGGGCAGUUCGAAUGCGGCCACUUAUGCCGACACUACCAAGUACUACUUUGACGUCGUUCCGGAGAAGCUGCCUGAGGCGUUGGACCGAUUUUCGCAGUUCUUCAUAGCGCCACUGUUCACUGAGUCGGCAACCGAGAGGGAGAUCAAUGCGGUUCAUUCGGAACACGAGAAGAAUCUGUCGAUGGACGUCUGGAGGAUACGGCAGGUCAACAAGUCCCUUUGUGACCCGAAGCACCCGUACAACAAGUUUGGCACCGGCAGUAAGAAAACCCUGCUGGAAGAUCCCAAAACCACCAACAUCAACAUUCGGGAAGAACUGAUGAAAUUCCACGCCAAGUGGUACUCGGCCAACAUAAUGAGUUUGGCCGUUUUCGGUAAGGAAUCCCUGGACGACCUGGAAUCCAUGGUCGUGGGGAUGUUUUCGGAAAUCGAGAACAAAAACGUAACCUCCCCAGAAUGGAAGGACCUUCCAUACAAGAAUGACCAGCUGGCCACCAAGACAAAGGUUGUACCGGUGAAAGACUCUCGAUCGCUGACGAUCACUUUCCAGACGGAAGACCUGGAACAGCAUUAUCGCGCUGGACCGGAACAUUACGCAAGCCAUCUGAUCGGGCACGAGGGUGCCGGAAGCAUUCUGUCCGAGCUGAAGGCCAAAGGCUGGUGCAACAAUCUCGUUGGAGGGUACAACACCAUCGGCCGAGGAUUCGGAUUCUUCGAAGUCAUGGUCGAUCUCACCCAAGACGGAUUCGAGCACGUCGACGACAUCGUGAAGAUCAUUUUCCAAUACAUCAACAUGCUGAAGAAGGAAGGACCGCAGAAGUGGAUCUUCGAAGAGUACUGCGAUUUGUGCGAGAUGCAGUUCCGUUUCAAGGACAAGGAGAACCCGCUCACGUUGGUGUCCAGUGUUGUUCAUUCGAUGCAAAGCUAUCCACUGGAGGAGGUCCUGGCGGCGCCCUAUCUGAUAUCAGAGUGGCGGCCGGACUUGAUUGAGGAUCUGUGGAACAAGUUCUAUCCGCAGAACGCGAGGAUUACCGUCGUAGGGCAGAAGUGCCAAGCGAAGGCCACCUGCGAGGAGGAGUGGUACGGUACCAAGUACUCGACGGAGAAAAUUGAUGCGAAGGUGCUGGAGGAUUGGGCCAAAUCUGACCUGAACGGAAAUCUGCACCUGCCGGAGCGCAAUCCCUUCAUCCCGACCAAUUUCGACCUGCUGGCGGUCGACGCGGACAUCGAGAGCAUUCCGGUGAUCAUCCACAAUACGCCGAUGAUGCGCGUGUGGUUCAAACAAGACGUCGAAUUCCUGAAGCCCAAAACGCUGAUGAAUUUGGACUUUUGCAGCCCGAUCGUGUACUCGGAUCCGCUCAACUGCAACCUGACGCAUCUGUUCGUGCAGCUGUUCAAGGACCACCUGAACGAGUAUCUGUAUGCGGCCGGUUUGGCCGGGCUGCGGUUGGGGGUUGCCAAUACGACUUAUGGCGUUAGCGUCUCGAUAGGAGGAUAUAGCCACAAGCAGCAUAUUCUUCUGGAGAAGGUGCUGGAUGAUAUGUUCAACUUCAAAAUUGACGAGAAGAGAUUCGAAAUCCUCAAGGAGCAAUAUAUACGGAAUUUGAAGAACUACCAGGCCGAGCAGCCAUACCAGCAUGCUGUCUACUAUUUGGCCCUGUUGCUCACCGAGCAAGCAUGGUCCAAACAGGAGUUGAUUGAUGCUACGGAAUUGGUAACCGUCGACCGGUUACGAACCUUCAUUGACGAGCUGCUGUCACGAAUGCAUGUCGAGUGCUUCAUCUACGGAAAUGUGAACAAGGAGAAGGCAUUGGAGAUGUCUAGUAAGGUUGAAGACAAACUGAAGAAAACGGAUGCUAAUGUGGUGCCACUUCUUGCCCGACAACUGAUGUUGAAGCGUGAAUAUAAGCUGAACAACGGUGAAAACUGUCUGUUCGAAAUGACCAACGAGUUCCACAAGAGCUCGUGUGCCGAACUGUACCUGCAGUGCGGCAUGCAAAAUGACCAAGCCAACGUGUACGUGGACUUGGUAACGCAAAUCCUGAGCGAACCGUGCUACAACCAGCUGCGGACCAAAGAACAGCUCGGUUACAUCGUGUUUUGCGGUUCGCGCAAAUCGAACGGCGUGCAGGGCAUCCGAGUGAUUGUCCAAUCGGCCAACCAUCCGGCGUUCGUCGAGGAGCGGAUAGAGCACUUCCUGAACGGAAUGGUCGACUAUCUCGAAAACAUGACCGAGGAGGAGUUCAAACGACACAAGGAGGCACUGGCCGCCAUGAAGCUGGAAAAGCCCAAGAGGCUAUCGUCUCAGUUUACGAAAUUCUUGAACGAAAUCGCUUUGCAGCAAUACCACUUCAACCGGGCGCAGGUGGAGGUGGCCUUCUUGCAAACGCUCACCAAGCAGCAGAUCGUUGACUAUUACAAGGAAUACAUCGUGAAGGACGCCUCCCUACGACGGUCGCUCUCGAUCCACGUAGUGUCCACUGCCGAGGGUGGUGCCGGCCAUAAAGAUGCCCCGGCUGACGUGGCCAAACAAUCAACCGACGACGCCAGCACGCAGAAAGACUUCGUCAAAGUUGGCGACCUGGCCGGAUUCAAAUCCACCCGAGCCCUGUAUCCCAUGGUGCAGCCAUACAUCGACAUCAAACCAAAGGGCAGUAAGUGUAAGCUUUAAACGAAUGUUUGUCUGUUGUUCGAAGGUUCUUUCCAGAGUCAAUAGUUUUCUUUCUCAUUGAGUAACGUGCGGUGCUGAUGCAGUCAUCCAAUUUUUAUCCAAUGAGGGCGUUGUUUUUUGUAUACUAGAUAUUGCGUGUUAUUUUGUAGAUAGUUUUUUUUUUCGGUUGUACAUUUUCGUGACAAUUUAGUUUAACUCGGGUUUCAUUGUGCUGAAGAAGAAUGUCUAACAUUCGCUAUUGAUUGAAAGUUUAGUUUUAUUUUAUUCAAUCGAUACAUAACACAACUUUGUUAACAAUCCUUAAUCAGUGUUAAGACAUUUAUAUAUGAAAAUCACACUUGCAAAACUCGUACUCUUAAAUGCUAAUCAGAGGUAGGAUCCUCACAGAUAAAUGACAACUUCGACGAGAAUUUUAUCCUGCUUCAGGUAGGAGUUGGUUAGCAAUGCCCUGUAGGGUAUGGUGAAUCCGGUGUUGGUGUUCCAGAACUC